AUGCACACACUUUCCACAUUACCCGUCGAAAUUGUUUAUCGAAUUAUGGAUCAUCAAAAUAAGCUGACACUAUUUUGCUCUAUGCAAAAUAUUUCCCGGCGGCUCAAUCAGAUCCUGAGCACCUAUGAUCGAUAUCGAACACUCACCACACUAUACCUCGGUUCGAACAGAAUCGGUGCUGAAGGAGCACACCACAUUGCGGAUGCGUUGCGAACGAACACGACACUCACCGCGCUAAACCUCAGCUGUAACGAAAUCGAUGCUGAAGGAGCACGACACAUUGCGGAUGCGUUGCGAACGAACACGACACUGACCACACUAAUCCUGUUCGGCAACGGAAUCAGUGAUGAAGGCGCACAUCGCAUUGCGGAUGCGUUGCGAUCGAACACGACACUCACCACACUAAAUCUCUUCCACAACAGAAUCGGUGCUGAAGGGGCACAACACAUUGCGGAUGCGUUGCGAACGAACACGACACUCACCGCGCUAAACCUCAGCUGUAACGAAAUCGAUGCUGAAGGAGCACGACACAUUGCGGAUGCGUUGCGAACGAACACGACACUCACCGCGCUAAACCUCAGCUGUAACAGAAUUGGUGAUGAAGGAGCACAACACAUUGCGGAUGCGUUGCGAACGAACACGACGCUCACCACGCUAGAUCUCGGCGGUAACGAAAUCGAUGCUGAAGGAGCACGACACAUUGCGGAUGCGUUGCGAACGAACACGACACUCACCACGGUAGAUCUCCACGGUAACGGAAUCAGUGCUGAAGGAGCACACCACAUUGCGGAUGCGUUGCGAACGAACACGACACUCACCACGCUAGAUCUCCGCGGUAACGGAAUCAGUGCUGAAGGGGCACACCACAUUGCGGAUGCGUUGCGAAUGAACAGGACACUCACCACGCUAGAUCUCCGUAGUAACGGAAUCGGUGAUGAAGGAGCACACCACAUUGCGGAUGCGUUGCGAACGAACACGACACUCAUUGAACUAGAACUCGACCGUAACGGAAUCGAUGAUGAAGGGACACAACACAUUGAGGAUGCGUUGCGUAGGAAUGCAAGCAUCAAUACGGUGUAG